AUGCUGCACACACUGGAGCGCCAGCUGGCAACGCUGCAAAUGCUGGAACUCGCUUACAAUUACUCUGCCAAGCCAUCGCUACGCCGCACCCCUUACAACCCGCAGCCUCCUGCUAGAACAAUCCCCUCACCUGAUUGCACAUUGAAGAAUUCUCAAACCCUGCGCCCCCACCACCACGCCAUUCCCCAAUCCGCUCCCAAAUUGAACUCGUAA